AGCGCGGCGACGGCUGGAUACCGAGGCGAGCUGCUGGGCUGUUGUCGCUGACAGUCCAGCCCGUCGGCAUGGAUUCCACCGCCUGCUUGAAGUCCCUGCUCCUGAGCAUCAGUCAGUACAAAGCCGUUAAGUCGGAGGCGAACGCCACUCAGCUUCUGAGGCACUUGGAGGUAGUUUCUGGACAAAAGCUCACACGACUGUUUACAUCACAGCAGAUAUUACCAAGCGAAUGCUUGAGCUGCCUUGUAGAACUUCUUGAAGACCCAAACAUAAGUGCUUCACUGAUCUUAAGUAUUAUCAGUUUGCUGUCUCAACUGGCUAUAGAUAAUGAAACCCGAGACUGUCUUCAGAAUAUCUACAAUCUGAAUAGUGUGUUGUCAGGAGUGGUUUGUCGGAGCAGCACAUGCCACAAUAAUUCAGUGUUUUUACAGUGCAUUCAACUGCUGCAGAGGUUAACAUAUAAUGUCAAAUUCUUCCACUCUGGUGCCCAUAUAGAUGACUUAAUUACAUUCUUGAUUGGUCAUAUUCAGUCUUCUGAAGAUGAGCUAACUAUGCCCUGUCUAGGACUGCUGGCAAAUCUCUGUCGGCACAAUCUUUCUGUUCAAACACAAAUAAAAACUUUGAGUAAUGUGAAAUCUUUUUACCGAACUCUCAUAAGCUUCCUUGCACACAGCAGUCUGACUGUGGUUGUGUUUGCACUUUCAAUAUUAGCCAGUUUGACACUCAAUGAAGAAGUGGGGGAAAAGCUAUUUCAUGCUCGAAACAUUCAUCAGACUUUCCAACUAAUAUUUAAUAUUCUCAUAAAUGGUGAUGGUACCCUAACAAGAAAGUACUCAGUUGAUCUACUCAUGGAUCUCCUUAAAAAUCCUAAAAUUGCUGAUUAUUUAACCAGGUAUGAGCACUUCUCUUCAUGUCUUAAUCAAGUACUAGGGCUUCUAAAUGUGAAAGACCCUGAUUCUUCUUCAAAGGUUUUAGAAUUACUUCUUGCAUUCUGUGCAGUGACUCAGCUGCGCCAUGUUCUCAGUCAGAUGAUGUUUGAGCAGCCUCCAUCUGCCAACAACAUUCUGGGAAGCCGCUCUCCUAAGAGCUUAGAACCUAUUGUGGCCCUACUUCGCUGGUUAAGCCAACCCUUGGAUGGAGCUGACAACUGUGCUGUGUUAGCACUGGAGUUGUUCAAGGAAAUCUUUGAGGAUGUCAUUGAUACUGGUAAUUGUUCCUCAACUGACCGUUUUGUGACCCUUCUGCUUCCUACAAUCCUUGAUCAGCUUCAGUUCACAGAACAGAAUCUGGAUGAGACCUUAAUAAAAAAUAAAUGUGAAAGGAUGGUCAAAGCCAUUGAAGUUUUAUUAACUCUGUGUGGAGAUGACACUCUGAGAAUGCAUGUUGUGAAAACACUGACUACCAUGAAGUGCAGCAUGCUGAUAGAGCAGCAGUUCACAUAUGGCAAGAUUGACCUGGGCUUUGGAACAAAGGUAGCCGAUUCUGAACUGUGCAAACUUGCUGCUGACGUAAUUUUGAAAACUCUUAUUUUGAUGAACAAACUUAAGCAGUUGGUUCCUGGUAUGGAAGUAAGCUUCUACAAAAUCCUUCAGGAUCCUCGGUUGAUUACUCCUUUAGCUUUUGCUUUAACAUCAGAUAAUAGAGAACAAGUCCAGUCUGGACUGGGAAUACUGCUGGAAGCCGCUCCACUACCAGAUUUCCCUGCCUUAGUACUUGGAGAAAGUAUAGCAGCAAACAAUGUAUACAGACAGCAAGAAACUGAGCGUCUGCCCAGGAAAAUGACGUUGCAGCCCUUAAAUCACUGUUUAUCAGCAUCAGCAAAGUGCUUAACGCCUCCUCUUUCAAAAGAUAAUGCCCCUGCAUUGAACAUUGAGGACCUCAUAGAGAAACUUCAGGCUGGAGUGAUGGUAAAGGAUCAGAUUAAUGAUAUAAGAAUAUCUGACAUAAUGGAUGUUUAUGAGAUGAAACUUUCUACCUUAGCCUCUAAAGAGAGCAGGUUACAAGACCUCCUGGAAGCAAAGGCCCUGGCUCUUGCACAAGCUGACAGACUGAUUGCUCAGUAUCGCUGUCAAAGAACUCAAGCAGAGACCGAGGCACGAACACUCGCGGGUAUGUUACGAGAUGUUGAGAGAAAAAACGAAGAGCUUAGUGUGUUGCUGAAGUCCCAACAGCUCGAGUCAGAAAGAGCCCAAAAUGAUAUUGAGCAUCUCUUUCAACACAGUAAGAAGUUGGAGUCUGUGGCUGAGGAACAUGAAAUUCUGACAAAGUCCUACAUGGAACUUGUUCAAAGAAAUGAAGAUACGGAAAAAAAGAAUGCUGACUUGCAGGUUACCUGCGAAUCCCUGAAUAAACACAUUGAGACAGUGAAAAAGUUGAACGAGUCCCUCAAGCAACAAAAUGAAAAAACCAUUGCUCAGCUGAUAGAGAAAGAAGAACAGAGAAAAGAAGUCCAGAGCCAGUUAGUAGACAGAGAAUGUAAACUAUCAAAUUUGCAUAAAAAAUCAAAAUCCCAAGAAGAAAAAAUUAAUGUUUUACAAAAGGAAAAGGAAGAUAAACAGGAAACCAUUGAUAUCCUUAGAAAAGAAUUAAGCAGAACAGAACAGAUCAGAAAAGAGUUGAGUAUUAAGGCUUCCUCCCUAGAAAUGCAGAAAGCUCAAUUAGAAGGUCGUUUGGAAGAAAAAGAGUCCUUGGUUAAACUUCAGCAAGACGAGCUGAACAAACAUUCUCACAUGAUAGCAAUGAUCCACAGUUUAAGUGGUGGAAAAAUAAGCCCAGAAACUGUGAAUCUUAGUAUAUAAACAUCAUGGCUUCGGGGAAUUUGUAUGUGGAUACUUUUGUUGUAUUCAUAUAUUGGAGGUGGAGGAAACGGAGGAAAUCGUGACUUCAAAACAAUUAUCAUUUGUUCGCUAUCUAUUAACUUAGUAAAAUCAUAAUUUCAUUGAUGUUUUACUUGGUCUUUAGAAUAGAAUUUUUUAUGUUUUUUUUUUUAAUGUUUACUCUUAUGUGUCGUACAUAGUCUCAUUUAUGAUUAUAGCCAUGGAUUACUUAAUAGCAACCAUGAAUAUAUUUACAUAAAUGUUCUCUUAAGCACUUUCUUCAUUUUGUGACCAUUGCUAGAAUUGACACAUACACUAUGAGGGAUCCAGGGUCACUAGGCUGUAUCAUCUUUUGGGAUUAUGGUAAUAAAAGUAUGAUCUAUCAUUGGUUAAAAAAUGUCAUCACCAUCACCCACUGAUAUAUUUGUUAAGUACUUUCUUGAUGCAGCAGUCUUAGAGAUUAAUUGAUUAAGGUCAACUAAUAAAAAUGUUCUGAUACUACUAAGGAACUUUCUCUCUAAAGUUAACAGAAAAUAGAUUCAAAGAACUUUAUUAUUGCAUUUAAAAUGAAAUUAUAUUUAGCCUAAACUCUAAAUUUGGAAACAGUGCUGUAGCUAUCAGAAAUGUUUAAAAAUGGAAAAGUAUUUGUUACAUUAAAUGAUUACAUAGUCUCCUGAAAUUAA